AUGUCUUCAGAGUUGGAGCUGCCCUUCCGGCCGGACACCCAGCUGACGGAGGUGAUGCGGCUGCGGGUUCAGUCCCUGCAGCAGCGAGGCCAGAAGAGGCAGGACGGUGAGCGCCUGCUGCGGUCCAACGAGGCCGUGUACCGGCUGGACUUCUCCAAACAGUCCCUCCGAUUCUCACACUGGACGGUGCAGCUGGCGCAGCCGGGACACCUCACCGUCACGGCCACCUCGCAGCUCUGGACGCCUGACCUCACCAACCUGAUGACGCGUCAGCUGCUGGAGCCUGCUGGGGUUUUCUGGAGGGCGCCGGGCGAUGCCGCCGAUGCACCCAUCCAGUGCUACGAGGCUGACGCGCACGAGUUCGGCGAGAGGAUCGCAGAGCUGGCCAAGGUAAGGAAGGUCAUGUACUUCCUGUUUGCAUUUGCAGAAGGCUGCAGCCCCGAGACAGUCGACUGCUCCAUCUCCUUCACAGUCGACAGCUGA